AUGGGUAAGGGACAGCCUCGUGGUCUUAACGCCGCGCGCAAGCUCGCGAACACCCGCCGUGAGAACCGUUGGGCCGAUCUUCACUACAAGAAGCGCCUGCUCGGUACCGCCUACAAGUCCUCUCCCUUCGGUGGUGCUUCUCACGCCAAGGGUAUCGUCCUCGAAAAGGUCGGUGUUGAGGCCAAGCAGCCCAACUCCGCUAUUCGCAAGUGUGUCAAGGUCCAGUUGAUCAAGAACGGCAAGAAGGUCGCUGCUUUCGUCCCCAACGACGGUUGUCUUAACUUCAUCGACGAGAACGACGAGGUUCUCCUUGCCGGUUUCGGUCGUAAGGGUAAGGCCAAGGGUGAUAUUCCCGGUGUCCGUUUCAAGGUCGUCAAGGUCUCCGGUGUCUCCCUGCUCGCCCUCUGGAAGGAGAAGAAGGAGAAGCCCCGUUCUUAG